GGGGUCCAGACCUCUGGGGAACCACGCUGCGAACAGAAACGCGGCGUCGGAUGUCUGAGGACGCUCAGAUCUCAGGGUAGGAUCGCAACGUGCUGACAACACGGCCGUCGCUGGGUUGGGACGGGGGGGUCGUCUUCCGGGGGCCUCUCGCGACAGGCGGCCAGUCAUUGGUAGGGGGCGAUGGCGCCGGCCCGCUGCGCCCGCGCGGCGCUCGCACUCCCAGCCCUGAUGCUCGGAGUACAGGCCAGCCCAGAGUACAUCGCGGAGAUGUGCAGAGGCGAGCGGUGCGACCAGAUGACGCACCCGAUCCUCGAUUGGGACCCCGAGGGGCAGAAAUGCAUCUGCAUCCGUCACCCGUGCUGGCACGACGCGGGACAGAAGCACUGGUGCGACGCCCCGACUCACCCACAUUUGACUUUCAGCUACGACGAGAAUAAGAAGCUCAAGUGUGGCUGCUCCGCGUGGGCCGACACGACCACGAAGCACAUAGCGAUGGACUUGUGCCCUGGGCACAGGUGCGACGAUGGUAAGUUCCCCAUUCUCGAUUACAACAACAAGACAAACAAGUGCAUUUGCAGCGAGAACCCGUGCUGGAACGCAAAUGGUUUCAAACACUUCUGCGAUGAGGAGGGGGCGCCGGUUCUGAACAUGCGUUUGGACAAGGACGGCAAGAAAAUUUGUGAAUGUAAGAAGAGCUGGAGCAGGUACGCGAAGGAAGAGCUCUGAUGACCUGCGCGUUCUACAGACCAGACUACAGAGGGAUGUGGCCCGUACGGGGGGUCAUUUCCGGAUGGAGGCAACGAUGGGCAGUUGGGAUCCAGCUUGGACUUAGCCUUUUUUUAGAUGGGCCAGAAUGUGUUAGUCCUCUCUGCAAUUGCCAGAUUGCGGUGGUCCUUCCAGUAACUGGGGGGCACUGUACUCAACAGCGCCAUCUUAAAUUAAGCUGCUUACACAGACCUGCCGAGUGCAUGGACCAUCAGUUCCUCGUGGAGCGCAUCAGACCACAA